GCCGGGUUGGGGGCGCGUUGCGCUGCGGCGCUGCGGACGGACGGGAGACGCGCGCUGAUACCCGCCGCAGGCAGGAGCGAGGCGUGACUGCGCACUUUCCCGUGUCUCGAGUGGGACAGCUGUGCUGGCGUCCAGAUGUGUCGGACAGCGGGGACGACGUGUACCUUGCUUAAGUACAAGAGGGAAUGACUGUGGUGCGCUUGCGGAUAUACAGCCUCACUCCCUCAGUCUCGCUCCAUCUCGUCACCAAAGUGAUGAGUCGCAGCAUCGUGCGCCAGAGCAAAUUCCGCCACGUCUUCGGCCAGGCGGCGAAGGCGGAGCAGACCUACGACGACAUCCGUGUCUCCAAGGUGACCUGGGAUAGCUCUUUUUGCGCGGUCAACCCCAAGUUCCUGGCCGUCAUCGUGGAGUCCAGCGGCGGGGGCGCCAUCCUCGCCUUGGCCCUCUCCAAGACAGGCCGACUGGACAAGAACUACCCUCUGGUGGUAGGCCACACGGGCCCCGUCCUGGACAUUGACUGGUGCCCCCACGAUGACAACAUCCUGGCCAGCGGCUCAGAGGACUGCACCGCCAUGGUGUGGCAGAUCCCUGACCAUGUCCCCGUGAGGCCCUUGACCGAGCCCAUCGUCACCCUGGAGGGUCACUCCAAGCGUGUGGGUGUCGUCAGCUGGCACCCGACGGGGCGCAACAUCCUCCUGACCGCAGGCAGUGAUAACCUGAUCAUCAUCUGGAAUGUGGGAACUGGGGAGCCGCUCAUCUCCAUGGACAACCACCCGGACCUCAUUUACAGCGUCAGCUGGAACCGCAACGGCAGCCUCUUCUGCACCACCUGCAAAGACCGGAGGCUGCGCGUGUGCGACCCCCGCAGGAGGGAGGUGGUGGCGGAGCGGCUGGCCCCCCACGAGGGCAUCAGGCCCAUGCGAGCCAUCUUCACUAGGGAGGGCAACAUUUUCACCACGGGUUUUACCCGGAUGAGCCAACGCGAGCUGGGCCUGUGGGACCCGACCAAUUUUGAUGAGCCCAUCGUCCUGCUCGAGAUGGACACAAGCAACGGGGUACUGCUGCCCUUCUACGACCCCGACACCAACAUCGUUUACCUGUGCGGAAAGGGUGACAGCAGCAUCAGGUACUUCGAGAUCACAGACGAGCCGCCGUAUGUGCACUACAUCAGCACCUACAGCAGCAAGGAGCCUCAGCGGGGCAUGGGCUUCAUGCCCAAGAGAGGCCUGGAUGUCAGCAAGUGCGAGAUCGCCAGGUUAUACAAGCUGCACGAGAGGAAGUGUGAACCCAUCAUGAUGACAGUGCCGAGGAAGUCCGACCUGUUCCAGGACGACCUGUAUCCAGACACGGCCGGCCCGGAGCCGGCACUGGAGCCUGAGGAAUGGCUGGAGGGGCGGGAUGCCGACCCGGUGCUGGUGUCCCUGCGAGGCGGUUAUGUACCGCCCAAGAGCCGAGAGCUUAAGGUGGCCAAAAAGAACGUGCUGGACUCGCGGCCAGCAACGCGGCGCUCCGUGUCCUCCGUGUCCUCCCGCGAUGGCAGCGGUCUGCCGCCCCAGUUUGUGGAGAAGUUGCUGGAGGAGAUACAAAGCUUGAAGGCCACUGUUCUUGCUCAGGAGAAGCGAAUCUGUGACCUUGAGAACAAGCUCUCCAAAUACACCAAUGGCACAGCCUAACCAUGCAGCUCCCCAGUCAACUGCCCACUCUUCCUGGCGCUUCAGGUUAAUACCCCUAAGGCUACAUCUCUCAGCUAUGGAGCAGUCCCCAAGCCACACCUAACUUCACCCAAACCCUUAUAGACCCUGACGCCGCUCACAUAUUCACCAGUCUUCAGUAACUCCAUCAACCUGCUUCGUAAUCAUCUCGCUACCCUCCUCAGCUAGAACACUACCAACUAGGGUGUUCACGGGCGAAAAGCUUUACCGAAGGUCACAGCGGUUGGCCGCAGAGCGGACUCACAACCCUUCUCUUGUAUUUGCGUCCACAUUUGACCCUGGCUGUCACGUGUCCAGAUGCUUGA